AUGAAGUCUACAUCCCCAGUAGCCAUUGCGCCAAAACCUCAAAAUGGGGUGAGCUCGUCACGUAAGCGGCAGAAUCGUCACGAAGAACAAGAAAUCCCUGCCGAUUACUCCCAUAACAGUGAAUUGGAUGCCGAUGUUGACAGCGAUGGUGCCAAUGCAUCGUUAUUUGAUACUACUACACCCACGCAUCAGGAUAUCCAAGAUGUAAUCAAUUCAUUGGGAAUGCUUCCUAGGAAGAGACCAGCUAGGAAAAAGACAUCGCCCGAACAAUUAGCUGAAUUGGUCAGUGUGUUUGAAAAGACAGAUAGCCCCAGCUUUGAAACUAGGGAGGUCUUGUCGAAGAAAUUGGGAAUGUCGAAUCGUGAAAUCCAGAUAUGGUUUCAAAAUCGAAGAGGCAAAGUCAAACGAGAACGCCUUCAAGCAGAAAAUCCAGGAAUGAAAAAGUCUGCUUCAAGUAGAAGUACCAGCAACAAUCAAACUCCAGUCAGUCGCUAUCCCAAAGCCAUAAUUCAAGCGCCUAUGUCAAUGAGUCAGUAUCAAGCCUUUGGCAACGCCAGAUUGUCACCACUCAUGAUAAAUCCAACGAUGGCCAUGAAUCCGCAGUUCGGGCCUAUAUCGCCAACCGCCAUGGGAAUCCUACGCUAUCCUCAAUCACCUACUGGCCAGAUGAUGAUGCAUCCAAUGAUGUACGCUUCAAACGGAAUGUCGUAUCUCACACCUCAGAUGCCAGGACAGCAAAUGCCGAAUAUGCCUAUGCAACAAAUGCCAAUUAUCCCAGUACAGCAAAUGAUACCUACUAUUCCGAUACAGCAAAUGUUGCCUGGUUUGCAAAUGCCACGUCAUCAAAUGUCCAAUCAAUAUAUACAAGGAGAGACAACAACAUCCAACACUCAAGUUACCAAUACCACUGCUGGAAUAAAUCAGCAUCAGUUCAAUAAUAUUCAGUCAUCCUCUAGUCUGGCAGCGUUGGAACAGGAUCUCAACCAAGUAUCACCUUCGUCAGCACCACCACUAGCACCAGAAACUUCUACACCACACCCAACUCCCAUGCUUCCCAGUCCGGACAAGACAGUCAAGCAAGCAGCUGCAAAACUAAGUCACAAUCCAACCCUAACUUCACCGUUAAAGUUGUCUACAACCUCAAGACUGGAAACUGCACCAAUUGUUUCACCGACAUUCUGGGUUCCUGGAUUCGAGCAAGGAAUGUCGCCUACCACUUCAGCAUUCCCGUCUGGGAUGUCACCCAUGACGUAUCAAUUCCCGUCGUAUUACUUCACGCAGCAGCCAUGGGGUAGUCCGACAAACGCAGGCUCGACGAAUCUGCCUUCUACGCCAACUCUUGCUGGACCUACUCAGCAACCAACAUAUGCUCAGAAUACCAGCAGCAAUACUAGUUUGGGCCGUACGAGUAACAGUAUAAGUAAGAACCUGCAGCUGGACAACACAACACUCGGCAAAGCUUACGGAUCGAAUUACGUAUAUCACUCCGAUGCAAAUGCUGGAUCCCAAGACUAUACUCCUAGAAGGCCACCGCAACUUGUAAUUCCACAACACGCUAGCCAAGAAGCUCCAUUGAUCAAUUCAGCUGCUGACGCAUUAUUGACUGCAGCAGACAUUUUGGCUGAACGACAAAGGACUUAA